UAAUGUUCGAAAUAAAAAGUGCAUUUAACUAAGUAAAUUACCUAAAAGUCACUUAUUUUUUAACCACAACGCGUAUGCGGGGAACUAAUUGCAUAUAUAUAGCGCUAAUUCAACUACAAGGGAGCCGGCAGUGACACCUUCGUCUUCUCUCUCUCUUUCUCCCUGUUUUUGGCUUCAUUAUACUUGAUCCAUAUCUGUUUUGUAGUUCAAAAAUCACCAAAUUAACAUCCGAUGGCUUUUAUGGGCUCAGAAAGCACAUCCUCAUCUUCUUCUUCUACCGUAUUUGGAUUUAAAUAUGAUGUCUUUCUUAGUUUCAGAGGCAGUGACACUCGUAAAACUUUUACAGACCAUUUCUAUGCUGCUCUGAAUCAAAAAGGGAUAUUCACAUUCAGGGAUGAUGAAAAACUUGAGCGAGGGACAUUCAUUGCUCCAGAGCUCUUGAGAGCAAUAGAAGAGUCAAGAUUUGCUGUUGUCAUUAUCUCACAGGACUACGCUUCAUCAAGUUGGUGUUUGAUUGAACUAGCAAAGAUUGUUGAGUGCAUGGAAAAGGAGAGACUUAUAAUUUUGCCUAUUUUUCACUACAUAGAUCCUAGUGAUGUGAGGAAUUUGGGGAAGACUUUUGGAGAAGUCUUUGCUAAACAUGAAGAGCGUGACAAAGAUAACAUAGAGGAAGUACAUAAAUGGAAAGCUGCUUUGACAAAGGUUGCUAAAAUCGCUGGAUGGGAUUUACGAGACAAGAAUGCUUUCAUAAGCAAGGACAACUGAUUUGCUGAAUAUUUUCUAUCUUUAUGGCAUUUGCUAACUCAACAAAAUUAUUGUCCUACGUUCGUUGCAGAC